UCCAAAGUGAAUGGUGAAUUUUCGCUUUUCUUAUUGCAAGUCCUUUUCGGUCAAACCCAUGUCUCUAUCGGCCUUACCAUUGGUCCAAACCGACAGUUAUCCUGUGGCGGGUAUCCUCCAGGACCAAAGGAGUAGGGAGGACGUACUCGACGUAGAGAACAACGUCGCGAACCGUCAGACAGUGAGUUAGUUUACUUUCGGUGCUAAGCCAGAAUAGUCGUAACUGUUCGGAGCUAUUAUAUAAAAAAAAGUUUACGAUAUGUUGGAGAAAUAGAUUUUUUUUCUUUGGGAUAUAAUUUUUUUAAUUAUUUUUUACGUGUGGUGAGUGCAGUGCGAUAACUUUGCCGUCGUUCCAUUUUCGAGAAUGGAAGUUUUAAAGUUUUUGGUGUUGUUUAUUGCCCUUUGGGCGACUAUAGAAACUAGGACAAAAUCGCCUUUACUAGACGAAGACAGGGGGUUAGCCAGGAACAAAGCUGCUGAGUGUAUUUUUGGUAAACAAAUUCGCGAACUUGGUUCACAUUGGAUACCAGAUUUAGGAGUGCCAAUCGGAGUAUUAUACUGCAUGAAAUGCGAAUGUAUACCGUUCCAGAGGAAGCGCAGGAUAGUGGCGAGAGUUCAGUGCCGUAACAUAAAGAAUGAAUGUCCUGAACCGACCUGCGAUGAUCCUGUUUUAUUAGAAAAAAGUUGCUGCAAAACGUGUCCUGGCGAUAAUAAAAAUGAAACCAACUUUGUACAAGACAUCGUCCCACAAAAUAAAAUCGAGGAGGAGGAAAGAAGAAUAAAUCAUUAUGCAGCUCUUCUGACUGGCAGAUCUUCACUGGAUCUUAAAAACGACACGAGUUCUAACGAUUUGAAUAAAAACAACGUUGUAGCGACUGGUAGAUUUACUUUCCACAAGAAAAACCUUCAUUAUUCGUUUUACAUAUCAGAGAAAGCUGCCAGGCCGCGAUCUCUGCAUUUUCUGGAUAGCCAAGGAAAUAUUUUGGAAGAAUUUACUUUGUCGCAUGCCGGCGGUUUGGUAAACAGUCUUUACCAGAACGCUACCAGGAAAGUCUGUGGAAUAUGGAGGAGAUUACCAAGAGAUUACAGAAGGCUCUUGAAGAACGAAAAAAUGUACGUGGUCCUAAUAUGGGGUACUAAAGAUUCCGAAUUCACUUUAAGUGGAAGGUUGACAAAUUAUAUAUCUCUAGCAAGCGAACAAUUCAGCUCUUUAUUAGAACCAGCACCAGGUACUGAUUCCGCUAAAAUGGCUGGAUCCGGUGGAAUGGCUAUAGUAUCAACAUCGUCGACACCAUCACCAUCCAUUCACAUAGCGGUAGCCUUCAACGGGCUCUUCACCACCCAAGAAAGCUCUGAAGUACCAAUAAACGUAAUUUUAUGUUUAGACGAGAAGAGGCAGAUCCUUUUAGAAGAGAACAUCAAAGUCCGCAAACCAGCUUCUGAUCUAAACUUAAUUGAACUUAGUUCCCCGGUAUCUCUAGCAGAUUUACGGUCGUUGUCCAGAGGUAGAGUGCUACUAACAGUCUCGUCGGUAUCAGAACCAAACGCGUUAAGAUUAAGCGGGAAUGUCAUUACGAAAAUCACUUGCGAAAUUUUCCAAACUACUUUAAUCGGUGAUAAGGAUCUAGCUGGUUUAGCCUGGAUGUAUUUGAACAAUCAAGGAGCUUUGAUUUAUAGUAUCCAAGUUGAUAAUAUGGAACCCGAGCAGUUCAAUGCAGUAACAUUGACGGAUACCGCAGGAAAACGGAAAGCCGAAGUGUUGACCCCGUAUUUUCACUCAGGAUGGGCAAAUGGUACUGAAGAUAGAUUAGUUCAUAAAAUAUUGGAACCUUUGUACAACAGUAGAUUAGAUAUGAGAGUAGCUGUAGGCAAUGGUAGCCUCCACGGGCAUCUAAAUGCCAAGCUGGUAGCUGACGCGAGAGACGCACCUGCCCCCUUACUCCUCAAACGUGAAAAUUAUACUUUACCGCCAUCGGUUGUUGGUUUAGCCUGGAUUUCAGUAGACAAUGACUGUCACAUUCACUACGAUAUUUCCAUCUCGGGUCUUGGCCACGAAAGAAAAAUGGAGUUGUAUUUAGAAAUGUACCCGAUUAUCGCACCAGGUGCACCGGUUCUUUUGAAACAUCUAGAAGAUUUCGAAGGUAACCAAGUCGAAGGAAGUCCUCUAGAAGCGCUUACCAAGGAAGAGCUGGAUAUGCUGGAUGGCGGAGUAACUUUCAUAAAGAUUAAGGACUUCAAUUCGAAAGCAGUGUUGUUAUCAGCGACCAUAACAAGGGUUAAGUUGCCAGUAACUUGCAGACCUCUAUACAAUAAUAACGUCCCACUUAUUUAUGACAUUCCUGUCGUUCGUCCAACUGAAGAUUGCUUCUUCGAAGGCAAGUUCUACAAGAAAGACAGCACUUGGGUGUCCAAAAACCCCUGCCAAAUGUGCUUCUGUCAAGACGGACAAACGACUUGCGACAGAAUGACGUGUCCGGAUCUGAAAUGUCCAAGAAACAAUAUGACGAUACCGGGAGAAUGUUGUCCGGUUUGUGGUGAUCCCGAAAUCUUAAAGAGCAACAAAAAAUGCGUUUUUAACGGUAUGACCUACUCGUCCGGCAGCCGGUUCCAUCCGUUCCUCAUACCGAUCGGCUUCGACGAUUGCACCGUGUGCACUUGCGAUCCCAACGAUUUGGAAAUCAAAUGUCGCAGAAUCGAGUCCAACUCGGCUAAAUGCGGCAAAGGAUCGGUUACGGAAACUCCGGACACUCAAGGCGAAGACUCGGUCCAAAUGAGCACCUGGUCGUUCCACCGUAAGGAAGAGGUUUCCAACGCUGGGUUGAUUAUCAAAGAAGGCGGUUGCAAUAACCAGAAUAAUCUCGAAAGACCUUACAAGAAUGGCAGUACUUAUCACCCGCAUAUCGCAUCUCUCGGAGAGUAUAAGUGCGUUACCUGCAAAUGUCAAAAUGGUACGUCAACAUGCGCGAGAGAGCGCUGCGAGUGGAAGAACUGUAAAAUGAUCUUCGAUUUGCGGAAAGUCCGGUCAAAAACCAACAAGAGAAGUCAGUUUUCCUUCUCAGACUACUGCUGUUCGCUAAAAGAGUGCAGAAAGAUCAGACACAAGAAGAAGAUAGAAGAACGGUCGUCGCACAAACAGUGAAGAGGACUUCGAAAAAGACGAGGUACUUUUUUUUGUUUAAAUAUGGACUGAGAGUCCGGAGUUACCCAGCACCAAAGAAGACUGAUUAUGAAAAAAAAAAGCGAAGGAAGCGAGUUGUCAUAUUUAUUUUGUACGUUAGGUUUUAACGUAGGGUGCGUUCAGAACUUGUCACAUGUGUCAUUGUCAAAUGUCACUUGUUUGAAGUUCUAGACACAUCCACCUUUGUAUAUUGUAUAUAUUUUAAGCACUUAGAAGCGAAGUCAAAUGAAAAGAGAGGUUCUUGCGAGAGAAAGAUAGAAAGAAAGAUGAGAUUUUAUUUAUUUAUAUUUUUGUAAGUUUUUUUGCAAUAAGAAUGGUUAUUUGACUGCGCUUAUAAAAAAUAUUAACUAUUUAUUUGACAAGAAAAAACAACUUAAUUGUAAAUUAUUCCACAGUUUCUAUAAAUUGACAUAGUAUAAGCUCGAGGAUCGAAAUCCAAAUUUAUUGUUGCACUCUUUAAGUUUGACAGCUGUCAAUAUAAACUGGACUUUAAGACAGAUGACAAUUAUGACAGAUGUCGUCAUAAAUUAAAAGUGGAAAUAUAAUUUGGAUUUCGACUUUCAAGUCAUACUAGAUACAUUUUUUACGAGAAAUUGAAUUCUCAAUACUCACUAGAGAAGAAGGCUGAUAGAAUGUUGUUUCUGGGGGAAGGCCGGAAGAUUUUUUUGGUUGUAUAAUAUUUAUACCUUUUAACUUUUUAUUAAAAAAAAAAACUUGCUGUUACGUGUGGAAUUUUCGUUUGAAAAUUCUCGCGUAACGUUUUUUCUUUUGGUUUUCCGCCAGUUUGUGAAUGAUAUAUAUCUAAAAUGGUAAGAAAAUGACGGUCAAAAUUUUAUAAUGGAAAUUUUCGGGUACCCUAUGUAUUUUUAUUUUUAAAAUUAGCGUUGCAUAUGGUGAUCCCCAGUGCAUAGAGAUAGAUUCGUAAUUGUUUAUCACAGUGUUAAGGUUACCAUCCUGUUCUAUUUGCAAGAUUUUUUGGAGCGAGGUCUUCCUCAUUACAAUUUACACCUUUCCCGUUCAAAGUCCUUGUUUCUGCUAUGGAAAGCUCUUACAAAAUUAGGAUACUAUUGGCUUCUUCUAAUCGCCCAUGGUCUGACAUCAACUCCAGACUCACCUUGUUGUGUUCUGCAGAAAUGACCCUAGGGUCACGUUAUUACCUAUCUCUUUUACUUAUUAAACAAUUUGGAGUAAACAUACUGGACAUAAUUUCAAAUUCAAAAAGAUGUAUGUACCUUGUAUCACGGUUGUGUAUAGAAGAUCUAAGUUAAAUUUUUAAAAAUGUAAAAUGGGGCUUUACUUUGUAGUACCUACUUUAUAAACCACACAAGAUAAAUG